AUGCGGCUGCUUCUGGCGAUCGCGUGCGUGCUGCACGCGCUCGGGAGCUCCAAGCCUCGGAUUGGAAUUGUCACCAUGCACUCCCAGGAAAUCAUGUCCUAUGCGAACAUGACAGCAGCCGGGAACCUUGAGUAUGCGGAGCGGCAUGGUUAUGGCUUCCACAUCCUUGACCACGUGAUCGACCGCGCGCGAGUACCUCACUGGACAAAAAUCCAUGCCAUCCAGAUUCACCUGGCUGACUACGAUUUCCUGUUCUGGAUCGAUGCAGAUGCCAUGGUGUACGACCAGACCCAGAAGCUGGAGGACGUUUUUGACAUUGACUCCUACCCCGACGCACACAUCUGGGCACAGGAUAUCUGGCCUGACUUCCCUGCGCUUCAACGGGAGGAGCUGAUGGAUGGAGCCACGAUCUUGUUCCGCAACAGCCUGUGGACGCGGCAGUUUCUCAUCGAGAUGUACCACUUCCCACCGUGUCAGGACUACUUGAACUGGACGGAGCAAUACUGUCUGACAGUGGCCUUCAAGCAUGACUUAUUGGGCAUGAAGUCAAGGACCGUGAUCCUGCAAACCCCUCGCGUCAAUCACCACAGGAUCCCUUCUGUGAGGGAAGGCCGGAACCUGUUCGUGUUCCACUACGCCGGAAGAUCCACGACUGCGAGGGCCCGACACUUUCGGCUUCUGCGCGAGAGGUUCCAGGUCAGAAAGAACAUCCACUUGCUCCACGUGGAAUUGCACAAAUCGUUUACAACCGGACACCAAUCCACGAAGCGUGUUAUCGAGAUCACCUUCGCCAAUGCUUGGAGUCCAGCACUCAAACCAGCUAAUUACCAGUUCGACUUGUAUGAGUAUUUCAAACCUAGCUCGCGGUUCUUCGCGGUGAUUGGCGAGAAGUUUGGCACGCGCAUGGCCGCCAUGGACAUCGUCGAGUAUCAGAUGGGGCGGACGCGGGACGGGGAGGAGUUUGUGAAGAGCUUCUUUUGUGACCUCCUGGUCGUGGGCGUGGAGAGCUGGCGGCAUCUGCCCCAGGGGCGGGCGCAGUCGAGCGCUCAGCGAGACCACGGCAGGCUCUGCUAG